GGACAAGACUUUGCAUACGGUUGGAUAAGCGCAGAGCGUUCUCGUUUCUUCUUUCUCCUGUCUGUUUUUCUUCUUCUCUGCGAUUUCGGGUGUGACUCGGAACUCCAUAUAUACCGCCUCCUCCGCAUGUCCUAUGUCCUACCCCGUUAUUGAAAGCGUACAAAGACUACCAUGACACGGGUCAAGAUCUGCGCGGAUUGUCUGCAGAAGACUCUCCUUCCGACUCGACGGGCUGCCGGCACGCUGCGAGCGAGAGAAUGGAGACGCUGUGUCCAUUUGCGGGGGCGAGCGAUCCCUCCAGUUCCUACAGUUCCUACAGUUCCUACCUACCCGACUAGAUCUAUAUCUUCAGGGCAAGGAAUUUCGGUACAGAAGAGAUUUGCAUCUGGAGCAGCAGAGGCUGUAGAGGUUGCAGUUGCAGGGGAGGCAGUUGCAGGGGCAUCGACAGGCGGUCCGUUGCACGAAUAUAAUCGGCGGGUGGCGGAGGGGCGACUUCGCGACGAUUCAUACCAGAGGGGUCUCAUUCAGAAUCUGCAGAACCUCUACGAAGCGCUAACAACCUACCAUCCACCCCGGGUGGUACAUCCGAGUGUCGAGUCGCUGGAUCCAAAACCCAAGUCGUUCUUCGGGUCACUGUUUGGUGGUGGGAAGGUUCAGACAGCGGCGGGGACAGCGGUGCCCGCCGACUUGCCCAAGGGGUUAUAUAUGUACGGCGACGUGGGGUGUGGCAAGACGAUGCUCAUGGAUCUGUUCUUCGACACGUUGCCGCCGAACAUCACGUCGAAGAGCCGGAUCCAUUUCCACAACUUUAUGCAGGAUGUCCAUAAGCGGAUGCACGUCAUGAAGAUGAAGCACGGUAACGACUUUGACGUCUUGCCGUUGGUGGCGGCCGAUAUUGCGGAGAUGUCGAGCGUGCUCUGCUUCGACGAGUUUCAGUGCACAGAUGUCGCUGAUGCCAUGAUUUUACGAAGGCUGCUUGAAUCCCUCAUGUCGCACGGAGUCGUCCUGGUGACGACCUCCAACCGCCACCCCGACGAUUUGUACAAGAACGGCAUCCAACGGCAAUCCUUCAUCCCCUGCAUCGAGCUGCUCAAGAACGACCUCACGGUGCUGAACCUCAACUCACCCACGGACUACCGCAAGAUCCCCCGCCCCCCGUCGGGCGUGUACCAUACCCCGCUGGGCUCCGACGCCGAGCAGCACGCAGACAAGUGGUUCGCCUUCCUGGGCGACCCGAACGGCGAUCCGCCGCGUCCCGCCCAGCAGGAGGUCUGGGGGCGGACCAUCCAUGUGCCCCUCGCCAGCGGGAAAGCAGCGCGGUUCUCCUUCGACCAGCUCAUCGGGAGCGCGACGGGGGCGGCCGACUACCUCGAGUUAGUCCGGCACUACGACGCUUUUAUCGUCACGGAUGUCCCGGGGAUGGAUCACACGCAGCGAGAUCUAGCGAGACGAUUCAUCACGUUUAUUGAUGCAGUAUAUGAAAGCAGAGCAAAACUCGUCCUUACCACCCAAGUCCCCCUGACACACCUCUUCCUCGGGGACAAAGACGUCAAGAGCUCGGUGAAAGACGACUCGGACGUGUCGGACGCGAUGCGCAAUCUGAUGGAUGAUCUAGGCCUGUCCAUGACGGCGCUCAAGUCGACCUCGAUCUUUAGCGGAGACGAGGAACGGUUCGCCUUUGCGCGGGCGUUGUCGCGUCUUACGGAGAUGGGGAGCACGCAUUGGGUGGAGAGGGGGUUAGAUCUAUCGGGAACGGAGGAUUAGUGAACUUGAAUACAUAGGAUCUAUCACGUAGUCAACUGCAUAUAUUACUGUCGACAUCCCUUGCAGAAUGACAUGAAGCAAGGAGGUAUUGUAUAUAAGGAAUGCUGGAAUGUAAAUAUAU